AUGCAGUCAUCGUAUUCCCCGCCUCACGGGUCUUCGGAGGAAGUACUCCACAGGGAGCAUAUCAUGCCCAAAGGCUGCAAGUCGUGUUCAGUGGAGGUUCUGGCGGCAGGCCAUAUAGGCCAGAAUCCCUUGGCACUUAACAUAUUCAGGAGACUCGAAGCGCUCAUGAACGUCGUCUCUUCAAUAAUGGCUCAGUUGGAUCUCCUACGGUUUCGUAAUUAUAAGACACAAACAAACAGCAACUACAAAUUCUCACGGUAUACAAUGGCUCAAUCCACAAUAGCAGAAACGACGACGACGACGACAACGACAGCAGCAGAGAAGCCUUUGGUAGAGGAUGGUACUCCCUCAGAUAUUUCACUGCUAUGGCAGCAAGCUCUAGAUAAAUACCAGGAGAGCACAGGCAAAAAUCUCAAGCAAUUACCCAGUUUUGGCUGUGUCGAGGACAUCCUGGCAGACGCCGAACUUCAGCAAAGCAUGUUCAGCACUUUUCGACACAACGGUGAAUUGGGUGACAGGCUUCGCUCGUCUGUGGCGAGGAAUGCUAGUUUCCUGGAAUCUCUCAGGUUUGUCGUAGAUGGAGCUGCUUUGGCGUACCCGCCAACUACCGCGAUAUCAUCUGCAUUUUUCUACUUUCUCCAGAUGACCAAGCAUAUUUCUUCGGACUAUGAUAAGAUAGUCGACUUUUUCGACACAAUGAAAAAUUGUCUCGAACGACUGUCAAUUAUUCAGGGAAAAUUGCCAUCGAUUCCUGCAUAUACGUCUCAUGUUGUACGGGUUUUCUCCGCGAUGUUGAGUGUAUGUGGUAUUGCAACCACCUAUAUAAAGAAAGGAAGAUUUAAGAAAUGGGUCCGAGUUUUAAGGGAUGGCGGAGGGGAUGGGAAUUUGCAAAGCGCCCACGCCGCCAUGGAGAAGUCGCUUACGGAGCUCGAAUCUGCCUCAGUCACAGUCAUUCUCGCGACCACCGAAGAUCUGAAACAGGACACGAAGGGCAUCGUUGCCACAACCGAAAGAAUUGACAUUAGCAACCAGAGAAUCGAUACUAGAACCGAAAGGAUAGAAUUAUCGAUACUCUCACAGCGGGAUCAGUUCCACGAAAUGUCAGCGAAUUUUGAAAAAUUGUUGAAAAGUCAGCGGAAGGACGCCAAAAAACUACAGUUAUAUGACCCCGGAAAGGUAGUAGAUGCGAGGACACGCAAGCACGUUGCCUUUAAUUCUGUGAAGCUUUGUUUUGAGACCAGUAUUGAUCCCGCCUGGCAGACUCGAGAUAUUGAGUACUCUUUUGUAAAAGGGUCAGCUAAAUGGGUUUUAGAAGAGAAAGCAUAUCAAACGUGGCGAGAAGGAGGCAAUAACCCAUAUCUGUGGAUUUCCGGUGACGCUGGUUUUGGGAAAACAUGCGUCGCAUUUUCGCUGGCUAGAGAGCUAACGGAAUCUGUUGCGUCAGAACCGAAGACCUCAGUUGCAGCAUUUUAUUUUCAGAGUGACCAAGCGGAACUCAGAUCUGUGUCAAAUGCGAUGUCAAGUAUUAUUAUCCAAAUUGCAAAGCGGAACAGCUCCUACUGUGAACAGGUGUCGUUAGAAAUCGGGAAGUCGGACGGAGAUGUUGAUAUCGAUAAUUGGUCGACUGACCUAUGGGAGCGGUUCUUUCAGUCCAAGUUCGGAAGCAAGUCUAAUAACAGGCUCUUUCUAGUCAUCGAUGGUCUGGAUGAGAUAUCUGUUGAGGAUAGAGCGAAAUUCUUGGACUUGUUAGCUCAAGUGCGAAAGGAAAGCCUCAACAUGCACGUGUUGUUCACAAGCCGUACUGAUAUACCGUCGUCUCCUAAACUCCUCCAGCCGCUCGAAAUUACUGCUACCAAGGAUAAAUUGCUGCCAGACAUGACACUUCUGGUUAAAAACCGAUUGAAGCGUCUCCCAAAUUUAUAUGCACUCCACAAGAAGACUAAACGGAAAAUCCUUUCCAGGGUCCUUGAGAAGGCUGACUCAAUGCUGUAUGUCGACCAUAUGCUGCGUCGAUAUAAUUCCAUCGGCAGAGAGGGGGCGGUGUUGAAGAAUCUAGAGACGAAUCUCCCGGAGAAUCUCCAGUCUCUCUAUAAUAAUAUGUUAGCUGAACUUAAGCAGCGCAGAACUUCUGAACACAUGAAAAUUUUUAAGAAUCUCCUAGCAUGGUUGGCCUUCUCAAAACGACUUUUAACUGUUGGAGAGGUAGAUGAUUUGACCACGCUUCUAGGUCAGGACCGGUCAUAUAACAUCAUAGAGGAGGUUGAGGGGAAAUCUUCUAGAAUUCUGAGAAUUGUACGAACUUUUGACGAAGAGAACCAAGACGACGAAAGUGAUGGCGAGGGAGAUCCUCUUGAUGAUACGUCGGUGGCUUCGAAAAUGAUAGCAGACGACAACGCAGCAUCACUUCAGUUUUUGGAUAGGUCACUACGGGACUACUUCCGCUCCGCUGACGCAAAUGAAGACGAAUUGCGAACAGACGUUUCCUCCGCUCAUCUCAUCAUAUUUGAAAUGUCGGUCAAUGUGAUAUGCCGAAUGUAUAAGUCUAAGGGUGCGAAGGCAGGAGAUCAAGUGAAAAAUUACGCGAUUAAUUUUUGGGCUCGCCACUUCUUGGAUCUUGAUCCUCUUUCCGCGACGGAAAAAGAUGUUGUGAGAGUCAUCGAACCUCUGGUUCUCAUUCUGAGCAACCACAAUAACGCAGCAAAAGAACUUGAAUCGGCACCGGUGUACCGUGAUGUCUUUGGUAAAACAGUAAAACGUCAGAACGAUUUUUUGAAACUAGUUGCGAUAUGGGUCGAGAGAGCAUCAGAACUGAAAGUGGAGAAGCUUAACGAUGGAGCAAGAUCGUGGGUUGAGAGCGCUGUUAGCUCUCCAUUGAAGAUUAUGGUUCCGUUAGCGCGAGGACAUGUCUUGAAUUGGUUCCAGCAGAUACAUGAAGAACAUGACUGCUUUGGACGGACCUCCUCCCAAUUAUUCCUGCAAGACAUCACAAAAGCUAAAAAUAUCAAGAGUUUUGCGGACGUCUUUUCAGACAUUCCAAAGGACGAAACGGCAUAUCGAGCCGUAGCACUCGUUUUGAAAAAUAAGGAGCACUACGAUGAGGCGAUUGUCGCUUGCAAGACUGCUUUAGCAAUAUCAUCCACUGAUACAGGUCGCUUCCGUACAUCGGUGGUUCUAGCACAGAUAUAUUGCAAAUUGUACGGUGACGAAGUUGAGAAUGGAUCUGAUUCUGGAGAGUCUGAGGAAGAUUCUAGUGAAUACAAUGCCAUGGCAUACAAAGAGAUCUGCGAGGCUCUUUCCAAACGACCCCCAAUCGACAACACCCCAGCAUCUAAGGAAGUCCUCCUACUAAUUCGAGAAGCUCUGCUAAUCCGAGGGGACUGCGAGCGUGUAAUAAAGGAGAUGGAUGCGGCUGUGAAAUCGUUUGGGGAAGCAAGAACCAUUUGUCCAUCUGAGAUUCUGGGUGGAGAUUCCCUGAACGAAAUAACAUCUAUUCUCGGGGAACAAGGAAGAUUUACUGAACUAAUGGAAAAUGUCGAGCACUGGACAUCCUGGGAAAGGAUGGCUUGGCUGACUGCCAACGACGAGGAUGAUAGACAUGACAUCUUCCGCAAUGCUGCAACCGUAACCGGGAAAGAAGACUUCUUGGUGAAGACCUACGAAGAUAUAAUAGCGUACCUCGAUCGUUCGAAAUCAUCCGCUGCCAUCCGUUGGGAACUCGGUUCAUAUUACCAGACCGUAAAGGGCGAUUUCGCAAAGGUGAAGCCUUGGUUCUACUCAAUCGUCGAUGGAGACUCAUUCAUCAGUCCGGCUACUGGUGAAGAAGAUCUGGUUAUCCUCUCCGAAACACAGCUGAACCUUUGCGACAUCAUAUAUGAGGAAUUCCGUCGAGCAGAAACGCUCGAGAAAAAGAUAGUGUCCAUGGAAGAGCUGAAAAGACUACAAACACGCCGGCGCAGGGCUGCUGUGGAUGAUGGAGACGUCUAUGAAACAGGCAGCUCCAUCGUCCAUGCAAAUAUGCUUCGCAAGAUGGGCCCCGCCCAUGAGUUCCAGGAUGUAUUAGAGAAAACAUUCCAAACAUGCAUUUCCUCAUUGACGGAUGACAAGGGUUGGAAUGACCAGAACAGUCUCUGCCUUCUCGCUAAGGUCCUUGCUACUGUUGGUGGGUUAGAAAAGGAGGCGCAGAUAGCUUUCUCCGCCCAGUUCUAUAUCAUCGACCCAAAGGUCGAACAUGGCUGGUCAGAUGAGGAGUCGGUAUGGAGCACUGACGGCGAAAAUGUCGAAGAGGAGGAGGGCGACGAUGCUUCAGAUACUGGAUGCGACUCUGGCAGCUCAGGCUCCAACCCCAGCUCGUCAUCUGGUAAGAAAAAGUCUAAUGUGAAUGAAGACUUCGCGCCCGAUACUGCCUAUGUUUGCCAGGGGGAAUGUGUGGAUGAUGAGAUCGAGUCGUGGGAGGCUGGACCCGUCUACCUCUGCAUGAUAUGUACGAACUGCGAUUUGUGCAAUGCGUGUUAUGAGAAACGCCAGGCGUAUAAUAAGGAUUCAAGUGAUAAUACGCAUUGGCGUUUGUAUUGCGGGGAGAAUCAUUGGUAUCUUAAGGGUCCUGUAGAUGGGUGGAAGGGGAUCAAGGAUGGGCAUAUGACGAUUGGAGAGGAGAAGAUUAAGUUUAUGGACUGGCUGGAGGAUCUUCGGGUGUCGAAGUGGAAGAAGGCGUGGGAGGAGUUUUGGAUGAGAGAGGAGGCUCAAGAGGAUAUUUUAUGA